AUGUCAAAUCAACAGAUACAAAAAUGUAUUAGAGACAUUAUCCAGCUUAACGAGAAACAUGAUCAAGAUUGGACACAAGGACCUUUGAAGAAACUCUUAUCAGCUACAUCAACUCUUUACAAUACAUCAAUAAACAAGGUUAUGUUAAAGCAAGAUGAAGAGCUUGCGAGAUAUCAUAUUUGUGCCUUUAUUGCUGCUGAAAGGCUUUAUCAAAAAACAAAAGACUCAGCAUUUGAGUAUUCAAUGAAUAAUAUCCCAUUGGAACCAAAAAAAGUUAGAAAUCUGUUGAACGUAUUUAAGAGUAAUAUCUUUCAGACAUCCCCAGUAAAGAAUUUUCACUGGUCACCAAGUCCCAAGAAAUCUGCCGGAAAGAAAUCACCUUUGAAAGAAAAUGACAGGUUCAGUUCAAGGGACCCAAAUGAGCUAAGGAAAGAAUUGUUUGGCACACCAACUAAAAUUUCUCCCUCUAAGAGUCUUUCCCCGGUCAAGUUAUCCCCAGGGAACCUUAAUACCGAUAGUCCAAUCAAAGCAAGAAGGAAAUUGGCGUUUGAAGAUUCCCAAUCGGAUUCUGAACAGGAUGAGGACAGCCACAUUGGCUCUCCAGAAAGACCUACCGAGAACCCAACAAAAGAAUCGACACUUGAUACCAGUACUAAUACUCCAACAAAAUCUCCUAUAAAAAGGAGAAGAAGGACAAAGGGCCCAUUUUCUGGAGGGAAAGUCAGUCUGCUACACAAGAAAUACUACAAAGUUACACCUACGGAACUUAUCACUCUAUGUAAUGAAUUUGAACUUCCACAAACUGUAGCUUAUGGUAUUCUUGAUGAAUAUGUUGCAAAAUCCACCUAUUUAACGUGCCCCUGGCAAUUAGUUUGUGGUCUUGUGAUGAAUUGCGUGUUUAUUGUGUUUAACGAUAAGAGGAGGAAUGAUCCAAGAAUUGAUCAUUUGCUAAUAGAUAAAAUGCGCCGAUUAAUGAAGAGUGAUGGGUUUAGUGAUAUCAAUCUUUGUGUUAAGAUUGUCAAGGAAUUAAUAACGGGGGAGCAAUGGUUUCGAGAUUUACAAGUCAAAUAUAAUUAUUUCAAUGGAGUUAACUAUGAUGAACAAAUAGCUGUAAAAUUUGGGUCGAUGCUACAAUCUGAUAAUAAUUUAGUAUCGAGGGAGCAAUACGCAAACUGGUACAAAAAAAUUGAACAAGAUCUUUCUUUGAGAGGUGAUUGA